AUGAAUAAAUAAAAUACUAUUAUUAUAGUCUUACUUAUUUCGACUGCUUUUGUUAGAGCUGGUAUACCAGUUACUUGUGGUAAUGGACACAAUUGUGAUUCAUGUGGAGAUACUGCUGACAUUAGAGCAAAUUUCAUUCCUAUUACUUGGACAUAAUGCAUGUAUACUUAGUGUAAUACAGCUCCGAGUUCAAUAAGUAGCUUCGUUUGCUAAUCUUGUUUUGGAUAACCAAAUUCAAUUACAGCUUUAAACAAAGGCAAUUAUUAUGAUCCAAGUACAACCUCUUGUGUUAAUUCCUGUCCUUUAGGUACUUAAGCUGAUAGUUCUAAUACUUGCAAGCCGAAUCCUAAACCUGGUAAUAAUAUUUCAUGUGGUUCUAGUGGUAGCUGCUCUGGAUGUGGUGCCACUACACAAAUAGCAAAUUUAUUCACACCAGUUCCUGGUCCAAUUUGCCAAGUUACAGAUUGUAGCUAAAUUCCUAGUUCAUAUAAUAGCUAUGUUUGCUAAUCUUGCUAUCAAGCUGCAGGCGCUAUAGCUGCUUUAAAUAUUGGUAAUUAUUACGACUUAGGUACAAGUGCUUGUGUUGCUUCCUGCCCUAUAGGUACUAAAGCUGAUAAUACUAAUACUUGCUAGAUUGUUAAACCUGGUAAUAAUGUUUCAUGUGGCUCAAGUGGCAGCUGCUCUGGGUGUGGUGCCACUCCUUAAAUAGCAAAUUUAUUCACACCCGUUACUGGCUUAAUCUGCAAAAUGAAUGAUUGUAGCUAAAAACCUUCUUCAUAUAAUAGCUAUGUUUGUUAAUCUUGCUAUCAAGCAGCAGGCGCUAUAGCUGCUUUAAAUAUUGGUAAUUAUUACGACCUAGGUACAAGUGCUUGUGUUGCUUCCUGCCCUAUAGGUACUAAAGCUGAUAAUACUAAUACUUGCUAGAUUGUUAAACCUGGUAAUAAUGUUUCAUGUGGCUCAAGUGGCAGCUGCUCUGGGUGUGGUGCCACUCCUUAAAUAGCAAAUUUAUUCACACCCGUUACUGGCUUAAUCUGCAAAAUGAAUGAUUGUAGCUAAACUCCUUCUUCAUAUAAUAGCUAUGUUUGUUAAUCUUGCUAUCAAGCACCAGGUGCUAUAGCUGCUUUAAAUAUUGGUAAUUAUUACAACCCAGGUACACAUGCUUGUGUUACUUCCUGUCCUUAAGGUACUUAAGCUGAUAAUACUAAUACUUGCUAGCCAAUUCCUACUAAACCUGGUAAUAACAUUUCAUGUGGCUCAAGUGGUAGCUGUUCUGGGUGUGGUACCACUCCAGAAAUAGUUAAUUUAUUCACACCUGUUUCUGGCUCAAGUUGCAAAGUGACAGAUUGUAGCUAAACUCCUACUUCAUACAAUAGUUAUGUAUGUUAAUCUUGUUAUCAAUUGACUGGUGCAAUUGCUGCUUUAAAUAUAGGUAAUUAUUACGACCCAGGAACAAAUGCUUGUGUUGCUGAAUGCCCUAAAGGUAAAGUUGCAGAUAUUAAUAAAACUUGUUAAACUCCAAAAACUAUCAUCGGUAAAGAUGUCGGCUGUGGCACGGCUGCUUCGAAUGGAAAUGCUGCUAACUGCAAUCUUUGUGGAGAUAAUUCCACAAUGCAAAACCUUUUUUCUUACGAUACAACAACAGCAGGUUAAAAUUGUUAAUUUAAAGAUUGUAGCACUAUCCCAAGUACUCUAAAUGGUUGGAUAUGCAACUCUUGUAAUGGUGUAGAAGGAUCUAAAAUUCCAGUUGGCUUAUAUUUUAAUGGUAGUACUUGUGUUUCCACAUGUUCCACUGGAGUUGCUACAUCUUAAACUAAUUGGACUUGCAAAAUUUUUAAUACUUAUAACUUUGGAAGCUUUUUAAGCUUGGUGAUAUAUUUUUUGUUAUUAAAUAUAUUAUUUUGA